AUGGCUGGAUCCUACGUUAUUGCUGGCAAGGCUGUUCCCAACCACGUGAUUUCCAUGGGCUUUCUCGGUGGCUACGCUGCCAUUGCUGGUUACUUCAUCAUGAAGCCCAAGGCUCCUCAACCCGCCACUCCCCCAAUCAAGGCCAGCUCUGCUGACGAGGAGGCUUUCAUUCGCGAGUUCUUGAAGUCUGCCGAAGAAAAGAACUAG